CCAAGAAAAGCAACCAAAAAAGAAAGGGAAGUGGGAAGGGAAGAGAGGAGAAGGAGCCAAAGAAAGCUCUCUUCUUCCUCCUCCUCUCAAAUUUCAUCUCUCUUUCUUUCUUCUUCUCCUCGCCCGGUUCCCCGAUUUUUUAGAGGGGAAGAGGAGGAGAUGGGGAGGGAGGAGAGGUUCCCGGUGUGGGAGGCCGCGCUGGGUGCCGGGGUUGCCACCGCCUUCGCCGCCGGGCUCGUCGGAGUCUACCUUUCCAUGCCGGACUCCGACUACAGCUUCCUCAAGUUGCCGCACAACCUCGAGGAACUCCAAAUCCUCACUGGCCACCUUGAGAACUAUACUAGUGACUACACCCUUCAGGUGUUGGUAGGUUAUUGUGCUGUGUACAUCUUCAUGCAGACCUUCAUGAUCCCAGGGACAAUAUUCAUGUCACUCCUUGCUGGUGCUCUGUUUGGGCAACUUCGGGGCGUGGCCCUGGUGGUCUUUGCUGCCACUGCUGGUGCUUCUUCAUGCUAUUUCCUGUCGAAGAUGAUUGGAAAACCACUGGUCUUCUCACUGUGGCCAGAUAAGCUCAGUUUCUUUCAAAAGCAGGUUGCUAAAAGAAGAGAGAAGCUGUUGAAUUACAUGCUUUUCCUCAGGGUCACCCCAACAUUGCCAAAUACCUUCAUUAACUUAGCUUCACCCAUAGUAGAUGUCCCCUACCAUAUAUUCCUACUGGCAACUCUUAUUGGUCUCAUCCCAGCUGCUUACGUGACUGUGAGGGCUGGAAUUGCUCUUGGAGAGUUAACUUCUCUGAGUGACCUGUACGACACCCAGUCAAUUGCACUGCUAUUCCUGAUCGGUGUUGUUUCAGUCACACCAGCAUUGUUGGGCAAGGACGAGGCACAAGAAAAACCAUCAGAAAUGGCGGUAGGCGCUUCAUGAGCACCAAAGCACCAUACGGUGUCCACCUCACCUGUAUAUAUCAACAUCCAGCAUGCGGUGGCUUCAUUAGAUCGGAUCAAUGGGCUCCUGUGGCUGGACGCCAUAUGGUUCGCAUGGCUGCACAGCUUGGUGGUACCUCGGCCGCAGUCCAUCCAUCAACCGCCCACAGAGGAACCUGUAUUGCCAUCAGAACAUUGUUUCAUGACCAUUCACCACAUCACGAAUGAAUCUGGGAAGCAAAAUGCCCGUCAGACAAGCUGCUCUGACGUGUAAACUAGUAAUGCUGUUUAGAUGGGUCAAUGAACUAGCCCACUCAUUGUAUAUACUGACCAGAUUCAUUCAAUCCAUAUUCAGUGGUUCAAAGAUAA